CUAGGAGUGACACACCGCAUGUGUCACAUGGUAAACCCACCUGAGCUAAUUUUCAGCGCCACAUAGAAGGCGGUGCGCACCUCUUCCUACAGGACAGGAUUUCAAAUAGUAAUCUUGUAAUUUUGUAUAAUAUAACCUACUAAAAUUACCGCAGCACAACUGAGAAAAUGAACAGUAUCGUUCGUAUCAUAUGCAGUACCUUACGAGGUUCCCGGUUAGAUAAUCUCUUCAUGCCAUUCCGACAUUGAAUUGAGCGUAGAUAUAGGUUCACCAUUCGAAAGACAAACUUUCGUCACAUUUCGUCACAGCCUGACGUCGAUAACCUUCACGACAUGAUUCGUGAGCGCAUUCCCGGCUCUUUGGUGGACUCUCCUGUCACGUCCCUUACGGCAGCGUGAAGCCUUACUCCAGUGUCUUUGGUAGCAGUCGCGCGCGGGUUCGCUUCGUCUGUGAAAAAUACUACAGCCAGCUGCUUGAAUAUAGGGAUUGUGUCGUUCAGUAUCUGAGAAGGUCGGAGGUUUAGCAAGACGUCCGAACAACCCCAGCAUGGAAAAGCUUCUUGCCUUGGCCAUCUUAUCUUUCACAGUCGGUUUCAGCUGGAGCCGAAGAGUGUCUGUGCCAUCAGGCACUCUGGUGCGGGUGGAAGGCCAGGCGUUGUCUCUGCGCUGUGAAGUGUCUGACUUCGAGGGCCCUGAGGAGCAGGACUUUGACUGGAAGGCAACACGAGGGGCACAAACCGUGAACAUCAUCUCCACCUGGGAGCCAUCAUUUCCAGAGCAGGCCUUAAGGGGCCGUGUGCUAAGUGGAGACAUCAGUGUGCACAGGCUGGGGGGCAGUGUGGUGGAGCUGAGGAUCCGAGAAGCCAGGGUGACUGACAGCGCCACCUACACAUGCAGCACCCCCAGCACUGACGCCACCAUGAGAGGAAACUAUGAUUCUGAUGUGCAAUUAAGAGUAAUUCCUAAUACACUGAGCUUGGCCCCUCAAGUUCCAGUCAACUUGGUCACGGAGGGUAGAUCCAUCCGUCUUCACUGCAAUGUCUCCCAGAAUUUCACAGAUGGAAUUUACCUCUCGGUUACCUGGUCUAUUAAAAAGGGUGAGGUACUACAAGAGGACCUCCUGACUUUCGGCCCUGACAUGGGUGUGACUGUUGGUAGCAGUUUCAGCCGACGCUACGCAGAAGAUGAAAUGCAUCUGCACCUGGACAGCGAGGGCUCAUACAGCCUGAUGCUGUCUGGAGCAGUGCCCGCAGAUCAGGGGAUGUAUGUCUGCACGGCCAGACAGUGGACCAGAGAACAAGGAGACUGGAAAAAGAUACAGGAGAAAACAGCAGUUAUGGGGGAUGUGACCGUCAUCCCAACAGCCAAAUCCCUCACUGUACAAGUUCUGGACAACACCAUCCUUGCUCAAGGAGAUCCUCUGAACCUCACCUGCUUGGUUUCUGCAGAUGACCUUGCUGUCCUAGGUCUUGAGGUGACAUGGCUGAUAAAUGCCACACAGAUUCUUACCCACUUCGGUCGAGAUGGAGUAGUAACCAAAACCUCGAAUGUGUUGAGCAUGAGCCAAGUUGGAGAAGGCGAUUUCACACUGGAGAUCCAAAGGGUUGAGCUAUCUGAUAUGGGACUCUACUCAUGCAGGGUAGGGGCCUGGGUACAACACAGCAAGGCAAACUGGUACCAAGCAGCAGAAAAGACCUCAACCCCAAUACAGGUGCUGGUCACUCUGAAAGAUCCCACUUUCACUGUGACUCUGGACUCUCCACGCAUAGCCCAGUACCCAGGUGAUCCCACAGAGCUCGUGUGUCAAGUGCGCAACAUUUCCCACCUGCGUGGUGAACGGCUGGGUGUUUCCUGGUUCUACUCAUCAUCCACUAACGAGCCACUUGCUAUUGCCUCGAUGGAUGCCAAUGGAGCUCUUAUGCCCGGUGAGAAGUACCAGAGCUCCAUUGAGGCGGGGCUUAUUGUGGUGAGCCGGGUGGAGCCAAUUGCUUUCAAGCUCCGCCUACUCCACACCACAAAUGUCGAUGCAGGCGAAUAUGCCUGCAGCAUCACAACAUGGACAACCACUCAUCAGGGCACCUGGAGAAAGUCAUCAGAUCAUCGAAGUCGCACACUGAAAGUCAGUCUGCCUUCCAAAAGCCCCGGCCUCAGCGUGGUAGCUCGCACUGUACGGCAGGCCAUAUCUAGUGGCUCCACCUUUGAGAUGAGCUGCCAAGCCAGGCCCAAAAACCUCAAGGAGGGUGUAGCCCUCUCCGUGCUCAUUUCCAUGCAGGAGGGCGUGGGCUCACCCAGCCACAAGUUGGCCUCCAUCAGUCCCGACCUGGUGUUCAAGGUGGAGGACCAGCACGAGCAUAGCAAGCAGGACAGCUUGAGCCUGGUGAAGACUGGCAGAGAGGAAUUCCUGUUCCGGAUCCGGGGAGUGCAGGCGACUGACCGCGGGUUCUACUCUUGUGAGGUCGUUGCGUGGAUCAUGCAAAAUGGGAGUAACUGGGUGGAGGUGGUGAAAGGAGAUUCGAAUAAGAUUCAGCUAACCUUCGAACACAAAAGACCUAUAUUCGAUCUGUCCAUAAAUGUAUUUACCACCAGUGUUCUUCCCUGGGAAACAGUUAAGAUGGAAUGUAUUGUGAGUGUUUUAGGCACACCUACCAACACAGAGGAUGUGGCAUAUGAAAUACGGUGGUAUCAGUCAUGGGGAUCCGACACCGUCACUUUGCUUGCCAGUAUGGAUCGCUGGGGCGUGGUGAAGAAGAGCCCUCGUAACGACAGCAGCGACUGCAGUUUGGAGCGACUGAGAGCUGAAAUGUUUGUCCUCAACAUUCACGGCACACAAGAGAGUGAUGCCGGCGAGUACUUCUGCACUGCUUCCCCUUGGAUGCGAUCAACCACGACAGGGGUCUGGAGCAGGGAGCUCGAUGUCACCUCCAAGAGGGUCUUCCUUCAUGUCAAGUUUGCAUUUUGGGAUUCAAUGAAGUUCCCAUUGCUGUAUGGAGCAUGUGCAUCCCUCUUUGUAGGACUCUUCUCCCUCAUUCUGGGACUCAUCUGUGCACAGUGCUGCCUCAGAGACACCACACACUCUCCACGCUCUCGUGUCAAGCUCAUGGACCUGGAGAUAGAUUGAUACACAUAUAACUGAACCAAUCAGUACUCCCAAGGAGAACAAUGGACCUACUACAAAAGUUUCUAUUAGGAAGAAAAUGUAUAAUGACCAAGUGUAUAAUGAACAAGUAUACUGAACAAGGAUGCAACAUAACAUUUAGCUCCAAAGGACAGAUUUGUCUCCAGGUUUUAUUACUACUAUGAAUUUAUUAAAUGUGGUGCUACAAUGUGAUUGAUCAUUUUAUAAGACAUGACACUAACUGAACAUAUUUAAACAUAUGUGGUUUUAAAAGUGAUAUUUCUGCCCAUGUGCCAUGACACAAACAGUGCACUGAUAAGUUAGUAUGAUCAACGGAGUAAAUGUGAGGUAUUCAAUGCAGUGCUUAAUACAGAGCUCUCAAGAUAUCUGGAUCUGGAGAACAUAAGUUACUUGGUUUAGGUGGGAUUGGAGCCACAACAAAACAGAUCAUUUAAAGAGGCCUUCAUUACUAGGCUGAAUACCUCCCGUUCUGACUGGCUAGCAUACUGUUUGAUGGACACAUAGUAACUAACAUAGCUAACCUAGUAGGUAUCUUACUAAGAGCAUUUUGAAAACAUUCACCAAUAGAUCGAUGGUUAAUGGAUGGCGAGAUUGCAGUUGUGCCUCAUACAACUUGGGUUAUUGUAUGGCCAGAUCAAAUUCCUCUAAAGGCACUUUUCCCCCAAUUACUUUUAAUUGCACUUUUUUUAGAAUUUGCAAAAUUGUAUUUUGUCAUUGUACAGUAUUUUGGAGUUUAUUAUGAGUGCCAGCAGGCACAGAUGAGUUUAAAUUGUGUAUGUUUCUUUUUCUGAAGUUGCAAUUAGAUUUGUUUUUCUAUGACACAGCUCGUGUAGUUAUAGUAAGUAUUUCUUAUCCAUUUGGGGGGGGGGUGUAUGUUGUCUUAUUGCAUUUUCUGUACUGCAGCACAUUAGAUUUGAUGAGUAGCUAACUACACUGGUGCAGCAAUAAAAAAUUAUAAUAGGCAUGCACUCAUUUUUAGGCUGCAUGAGCUAGCUAAGGUAUAGCAAGGAUGAUGGUUUAUAAGCCCUAUGUGUACGGCAGCAGAUCUCAUUUGAGAUCACAGUCUCAAUAGUGCUUUAAUUGGUGGACGUGACCAUAAAAUGCAAUAACAAGAAACGGUUAAAAUAAGCAUAAUAAUUAAGAAAAGAUAAAAUGGGAAACACAAAAAAACACAAAUAUGUAAACAUUGCAAACAUUACGAAGAUUCUAAAAAUUUCAAAGCCAAGUUAAAAUGUUUAUUUAAACUGCUAAGGAUUUGUUAUUGAAAAACUUUUAUUUUAUCGGGAUAAAGUGAUUUGAACUGAUUUCAACUAAUAAAAAAUUAGUUUUGGUGUAAACAAGCAAAAAAGUAUUUCCCCUAUAAUGUGUAACAUCCUGGGCAUAUUAAAUAGGCAAACCUCUGAAUAUUAAAGCUAACUAGCCUUCUUUCAGAUUCACAUUCACAACAAGAGUGAUAUGUGCACUUUUUCUUGUAAUAAAAAUAUUUUACUUUGAUGUAGACCACAUGCUAUUGCCUAUUGUCAAUGAAGUCUUCAACCAGUAGCUCAAGGUCAUGUCAAGUGCCUAGCUGGUUUUGAAGGCAUGCCAGGAAAAGGCCCGAUACUGUAUGACCAGAGUGUUUCAGAGUAUGACUAAUUGCAUCUUAGUCAUCCUCCUUUAAAACACAAAAUCCUCCAUCUAAUGUCAUUUGUUCAGGGUACAGACUAUGACAGUAUGGCAGCAUGGCAGUUUGUUUUUAAUAUCCCUGGACCCCAGAGGAUGUAUAAACAUUCAUGAGUCUCAGCAUUUCAUGUCAACAUAAUGGAGGAAUCACUGCAAAGGACAGUCAUCCUUCUAGAAGAACGUAGAGUAAAGAUGGCUGACUGCCUAAGAUUUCUCAGAGGGCGGGAAGACCAGCUUUUCGGCUCCAGCACAGGGAUCAUCAGAUGCUAUAAGGAGGACAAGAGGUAAUCCUGUAUGUGUGCCAAACUUACAAAUUCUAUUCAGAAGCAUCUGUUGGGCAGACUUUCAAUAGGGGCACCUGCCUUUUUGAAAGCAUUUGGAUUAAACAUUGAUGAGACGUUUUACACAGAGAAUAUUAAUUUUUCAUCAGAUAUAUUACUGGCAAAUAUUUUGUCUUGGUACAACUUGCAACUCAGAGUUAAGAAAGCUUUUAUGAAUCUGAGCAAGUCACUUGCUAGAAGCAAGUCAUGCAACAAACUAGAGUGUCAGUGUGAGCUUGUAGGCACAGACUGGACAUGUGGUUAAAAGUAACAGAUUAAUUGGUUGUUUUUUCAUCUAAUAAUUGAUCCAGGAAGUUUAAUUAAAGUGGCAGAAAUGACUUGGUGACAGCUAGAAGGAGAGAUUUUGUGGCAUUAUUGAUUGGACUCUCAUGUGGACUGAUAUCGACCUGACCUGAAGUAUGCAGGGACCAUGUACCACCAACUUUGAUCUGCAACAGUCAUUUGGUAGAGGACACCACUAGCCUGCUCUCAAGGCCGUCCCCUCGGAGCACCUCAACAGUCUGUUAAGGUUUCUGGACCACCACAGUCUCACCUGGCCAGUGAAAGUGAGCUAGUCCCUAUGGACACCGACAGUCUGAUGCCCCGC